AUGUUGGGUAAAAUUAAGGAGGCAAUGGGAAAGACAGAGAGGGAGAGAAAAAUGGGUAGGAGAGGAGGAAAGGGCUGGUGGGAUGAGGAAUGUAGGGGGUUGAAGAGAAGGGUGAGGAGGGAUUUAAGGAGAUGGAGGAGGAGGUUAGAAGAUAGGUGUAAAUACAUAGAAAGGAAAAGAGAAUUUAGGGAGAUAUGUGAAAGGAAGAAAGAGGAGGAGAAUAGGAAGUGGGAGAAAAAGGCAGAGGAAGCUAGAAAGGAGAGUCAAGUAUGGGAGAUAGUAAAUAAAGAUAGGAAGAAGAAAAAAAGGGUGAAUGAAGGGAUUGGAAUGGGAGAAUGGAAAGAAUACUUUAUGUGUUUGUUAGGUGGAGUAGAGGCAAGAGUAGUUAGAGGAGGAAAGAGAAUAGGUAGAGAAAGCUGUGGAAAUAAGAAAGAACAGGUAAUUAGCAAGGAGGAAGUGAGAAGAGUGGUGAAUAAUUUAAAAGUAGGAAAAGCAGGUGGAUUAGAUGGAAUUCCGAAUGAGGUGUGGAGAUGGGGGGGUGGAAGGAUUGAGGAGUGGAUGGUGUAG